AUCCAUUAUAUUACUCUCUCAGCGAAUAUAACCAGAAAACAAGAGUGUGUGCGUGAGAGUGAGAGGGAGAGAGAGAGAGAGAGAGAGAGAGAGAGAGAGGGAAUCUAGAGAGAGAAAUAGCAAUUGGGUUUUGAUUCCCGUAGAGAAUCGAAGAGGAAGAACAGCGAAAGUUCGAGCCUUUGUUGCCCAAUUUAAAGGAAAGUUUUAGCUCGAGGAACAUGUUGGAGGGAUCUUAUCUUGUCUCAAGGGAAUUACCAGCCUCAUGUGAGCAAGAAACCCAGUGGAUUUACAAUGCUCUUCAUGUUGUUGAACGAUCUAGCAAGCGCCAUUUGGAAGGUGGAGAAGAUGUUGCGUCAAGAAAGGCAGCCAAGCCAUUAGACACCCAGGAGAGAGAGGAAAAGAUGGACCUACAUAUCCUUCCUAUGUUGCAAAUUGGUCAACCAGAAAACCAUCAUCAGGCAGGGGAGGGUUCGCACGUUCUUUCUUUUGUGCAGUCCGAUCAACCAGAGCAGAAUCAAGCAGCUGGUCUGAGUGGUUGUUCUUUUGUGGGAACUGAUCUACCAGAUGAUCAGCAUCAAGCACAGGGUCUGCUUGUUCUUUCUGUUGGGCAAUCUGAUCAAUCAGACCAGUGCCAAGCAACAGGUCUGAGUGGUCUUUCUGUUACGCAAACUGAUCAGCCAAAUAAACAGCACCAAGUGGUGGAUAUGCAGGUUUUUUCUCCUAUGCCAGCUAAUCCUCCGGAGGAUCAGGAUCAGGUAGAGGAUAAAUCAGAUACUAGUUCACUUAUUAAUCAACUUGGUCGCGAAGUGUCAAUAAGUUGUUUCCUUCACUGCUCAAGGUCUGAUUAUGGCACAAUUGCUUCAUUGAAUAAAAGCUUUCAGUCGCUAGUCCGGAGUGGUCUGUUGUAUAAACUGAGGCGGGAAAUGGGCAUCAUUGAGCAUUGGGUUUACUUCUCCUGCAAUCUUCUUGAAUGGGAGGCUUUUGAUCCUAUUCGAUGCCGAUGGAUGCAUUUGCCAAGAAUGAAUUCAAAUGAAUGCUUCAUGUGUUCAGACAAGGAAUCUUUGGCAGUUGGUACAGAACUGCUUGUUUUUGGAAAGGAAAUAGAAUCCCAUGUUAUUUAUAAAUAUAGCAUUUUAACUAACAUGUGGACAUCCGGCAUGAAGAUGAACAUGCCCCGUUGCUUGUUUGGGUCCGCCAGUCUGGGGGAAAUUGCAAUUCUGGCCGGCGGUUGUGAUCCAAGUGGCAACAUAUUGAGCUCUGCAGAGCUUUAUAAUUCAGAAACUGGCACAUGGACUACCAUUCCAAGCAUGAAUAAAGCCAGAAAAAUGUGUUCUGGAGUAUUUAUGGAUAGGAAAUUUUAUGUCAUUGGUGGGAUUGGAACAGGCAAUACAAAAAUGCUUACCUGUGGGGAGGUGUAUGAUUUGGACAAAAAAACAUGGCGCCUGAUACCUCAGAUGUUCCCCGCACGAAACGGAGGAACCGGAGGGAAUGAAACAUCUGCUGCAGCAGAAGCACCUCCUUUGGUUGCUGUUGUAAAUAAUGAGCUUUAUGCGGCUGAUUAUGCACUAAAGGAAGUGAGAAAGUAUGAUAAAGAAAAGAAUGUGUGGAUCACGCUGGGGGGACUGCCUGAACAGGCUGUUUCAAUGAAUGGUUGGGGACUGGCAUUUAGGGCAUGUGGGGAUCGACUAAUUGUUAUAGGUGGACCUAGGACUUUAGGUGGGGGAAUGAUUGAGCUUAAUUCUUGGGUUCCAAGUGAAGGGCCCCCACAGUGGGAUCUGCUUGCGAAGAAACCCUCGGGCAGCUUUGUUUAUAAUUGUGCUGUUAUGGGAUGCUGAAAUGUGCAGUUUUAGCAGCACAGAUUUAGUGGAUUGUGUCCAUUCUGUUGGACCAUAGGUUUUCAAGGAGAUGGUAAUCUGGACAGUGGGUAAUCUCUGCUUUCCUUUUUGGGGUAAUUUCAGGUUUAAUUUAGAUCUACAGAUAUAAUUUUAGAAGGAGGUCUGGAGAUAACUUUGCCUCUUACUUUCAAUUGUUCUAUUUCAUGUACCUUUCUUUUUCUUUUUACUUUCCAGUCAGAGAGUCUGUUCAGUUACCAUAAGGGCUUUUCAAAAGUUUGCACAGUGUAGAACUUUGCACAGAUGAAUAAAAAUUAAUUUUACAGUUUUAGGUUGUUUCAAA